AUGGAGUUGUUGCAGGAUUUACAAAAGCAUUUCCAAUCACUCGUGUUCAACAUCAACUUACAAUAUGGAAAUAUGAUCAGUAUGAACGAGUUCUUGGAAAAUUGCCAAAAACAUUCCUUAAUGAUGCAGGAUCUUGUAGAUCUAUUUGAAAAGAUAUCGGAACGAUAUUUGAAGCUGGAAGAAGAAAACCGAAAGUACAGGGACGUUAUCGUAGCAAUGAAGUUGAAAUACUCUGGCGAACUCAUUAGGAUUAAAGAGGAUUUGCAUAAUUUAAGAAAAGAUUCCCAAGAGCAAGGAAACCUUCAUCAUGAAGAGGCUUUACAAAUAUUCCAUGCGUGGACGUAUGCUGUGAAUGCUUUUGAAAAUACGUCAAAAAGUAUUGUAAAUAAUAUGUGGAAAUCCAACCAAGAGCUCACAGCUAAAUUGAAGUUAAGUGAAAAGGAAAAUAAUCAGUUGAAGGUGGAACUGAAUAAUUCUAGCAGAUUGUCAGCACAGGAUCAUUUGAUUGAAGAACUAGAAACGCAGUUAAAGAGUUUGAAAAAAGAGAAAGAUGCAGUGGUCGAUGAAAACAAACUGCUUGCGGUUUCAAUUAAUUCUACGAACGAACAACUUCAAACAGAGCUGCAAAGAAAUUCUGAACUUGUUCAUCACACUGAAUGUUUGUGUGGAAAGAUUGAUGAACUUCAAAAGGAGAACCUGCUCCUUAAAGAGGAUAACAGCAGUCUAAGGAUUAGAAAUACGACUAUUUCAAAGAUGUUUGAAGAACAAUUCCGUAUAAUAUCUGAGCGAGUACACGUGCUAUCUUUAAGCAACACAGAAUCUGAAACGACGAUACAACACGAGUUAGAAUCAUUAAGGAUGAUGUCUCAUCAAUUUCAAUCUUCGUUUUUACAGGAAUUAGUAACCCAACGAGCUAGGAUAAACAAGUUGGAACGCCUUACUCGUAAGCUCAAGCAGGAAAACCAUGCCCUCGAGCAGUCCGUCAAAGACACUCUGUCAAGCUACAAGAGACUACUAAGGAUGGGAAAUCUGCAUGAUCAAUACUUUGUAUUAAAAUAA